GCAAAACAGACUAAGGUCCACUGGAACCCUUCCUAUGUUAGCUUUGCCCAAUCAUAUCAGCCACAACUUGGUUUCGGAUCCCAAUCAUAUAUAUAUACUUGUGUGCAUAAAUAUGUGACAUACAUGUGCCUCUCUUGGGUGUGUUAUUACAUUAGCCCAUUUUCAUUCAUAUGUGUUUUUCAUUUGACAACAAAUGUCACAAAUAGAUAUGUUUACAACACAAACAAUAUCACCUCUCUGUUCUAUUUUUGGUUCAUCGAAAACUUUUCCCUUUCCCUUCACAAAUGAAACAGACCGUCAAGCUCUGUUUUCAAUCAAAGACAUGAUAUCAGGAGAUCCCCUUGGUAUCCUCAACUCAUGGAAUCAUUCUAUCCACUUUUGCAAUUGGCACGGAGUCUCAUGCGGUCGUCGACAUCAGCGUGUGACCGUUCUAAACCUGCCAUCUCUAGGAUUGGUGGGUCCUCUAUCUCCUUACAUAGGGAACCUCACCUUUCUUAGGAUGAUUGAUCUUAGUAACAAUAGUUUUCAUGGUGAAAUUCCACUAGAAAUUGGCAAGUUGUUUCGUUUGCAAUAUCUUCAACUUUUCAUUAACUCUUUUGAAGGUGAAUUUCCUGCCAAUUUGACUUAUUGUUCAGACUUGAGAGUAAUCAGCCUAGUUGAUAACAAUCUAGGAGGUAAAAUUCCUGCCGAGUUGGGUUCUUUGUCCAACCUCAUUAAAUUUAGUGUUGCUAAAAAUCAUUUCACCGGACCUAUCCCACUUUCGCUUGGAAACCUUUCCAAUCUUGUCGGGCUUUCUCUAUCGCACAAUAAUCUAGAGGGAAGCAUUCCAUUUGAACUUGCUCGAUUCUCAAAGUUGCAAAUUCUUAUUCUGGGCUUUAACAAUUUUUCCGGUAUGGUUCCUACAUCUCUUUACAAUAUCUCAUCCAUCACUUACUUUUCUGUAAAUGACAACCAAUUGCAUGGAAGCUUUCCCUCCAAUUUGGGCUUGACCCUUCCAAAACUACAAGCUUUCCAUAUCGGAAGCAAUCAAUUCUAUGGGCCUAUUCCCUCUUCGAUAGCCAAUGCUUCGGGACUUGUAGAAAUUGAGACUAGCCAAAAUUCUCUUACUGGUCCUCUACCAAUGAAUUUUGGAACCCUUUAUGAGCUACAAAAGCUAAAUAGUCACACUAAUAGACUAGGAACAGGAGAUAGGAAGGGCAAUGAGUUGAUGGACUUUCUCACUUCUUUAUCUAAUUGUUCCAACCUACAAUGGUUGGACAUGGCAAUAAAUGGUUUCAAAAGUUUAUUGCCCGAUUCCAUUGCAAAUCUCUCCACCACAAUCACUAGGUUAACUCUAGAUGGAAACUAUAUAUUUGGUAGCAUACCUCUUGGUAUUGGAAACCUUGUAAAUUUGCGUACACUCUAUUUAAGUACCAACAUGCUCGUUGGUAGUAUUCCUAAUUCCAUUGGAAAACUCUCCAACUUGGAACAGUUGCUACUUCUCAGAAAUAACAUCUCUGGAGAAAUUCCAUCAUUGAUUGGAAACAUUACUCGGCUUGGUAUUCUUGACUUAUCAAUAAAUAUGAUAGAGGGAAGCAUACCAGUUUCUUUGGGCGAUUGCACAAAUCUAAGGGAAUUUUAUCUCGAAGACAAUCACCUCACUGGAGAUAUACCUCAAGAAAUCUUUGGUCUUUCUUCUCUUACUAUUCUAAUCUUGAGUCAAAAUUACCUAAGGGGAUUCCUACCACAAGAAGUGGGUAACUUGAAAAAUCUUGAAAGAUUGAACAUAUCAGAAAACAAACUGUUUGGAGAAAUCCCUGCUACUCUCAGCAAUUGUCAAGUUUUAGAAUUCCUCUACAUGAUGGGUAACCUUUUCGAAGGUACAAUUCCGGAAUCCUUCAAACAACUAAAAGGUCUUCAAGUUCUUGAUGUUUCUCGCAAUAACUUGUCAAGACAAAUUCCAAGCUUUUUAAGCGAGUUACCUCUUUUACAAAACCUCAAUCUUUCUUACAAUAUGUUUGAUGGUGAAAUUCCAAAUGGAGGAGUUUUCAGAAACAUUAGUGCAUUCUCAAUUGUUGGAAAUAAAAAGCUCUGUGGAGGAAUUAAAGUAUUACAAUUGCCUGCAUGUCCUGCUAAAGACUUGAAGGAAAGGAGACGACCUUUCAAGCGUAGAGCAAUAGUUGUAGUAGUUACUCUCACUAUUUUUCUAUUAAUAGUGUGCACUUCAGCUAUUAUUUAUAGAACCAGAAGGUCCAGACAACAUGCCUCUUCAACCCUGCCUUUGCAAAACCAACUUUUACAACUCUCUUAUGGCGAAAUUUUUCACGCAACCAAUGGAUUCUCUUCAACCAACUUAAUUGGUGAGGGAAGAUAUGGAUUGGUUUAUAAAGGGAUUCUCAAAUUCGGCGAAUUAAUUGUUGCUGUGAAAGUACUCAAGCUUCAUGAAUGUGGAGCAAUCAAGAGUUUUAAAACAGAAUGUGAAGCACUGAAGAACAUUCGCCAUCGCAAUCUAGUCAAGGUAAUCACAUCUUGCUCAAGCAUUGAUUUUGAAGGCAAUGAUUUUAAGGCAUUGGUCUUUGAGUUCAUGAAAAAUGGGAGUUUAGAGAAUUGGUUACAUCCAAUUAGUUUUUCAGAGCAACAUGACCCUAAUCACUUCACCUUUGUUCAAAGGCUAAACAUUGCCAUUGAUGUGGCCACUGCGUUGGAUUAUCUUCAUCAUCAUUGUGAAGUGGCUAUCGUUCAUUGCGAUUUAAAGCCAAGUAAUAUUCUUCUUGAUGAUAAUUUAUGUGCCCAUGUUGGUGAUUUUGGCCUCACAAGGAUUCUUUCAGCCACCACAGGUAUAUCCAAUCAUCAUCAAUCAAGUUCAACUGGGAUUAGAGGAACAGUUGGAUAUGUUGCCCCAGAGUAUGGUAUGGGUGAAGAGGUAUCAACGCAGGGUGACAUGUAUAGCUUUGGAGUGUUACUAUUGGAAAUGUUCACAGGAAAAAGACCUACUGAUAACAUGUUCAUUGAUAAUAUUAACCUCCAUAUCUAUGCAAAAAAGUCUCUUUCAGAUCAAGUAAUGCAGAUUGUUGAUCGCCGAAUCAUAUUGGCAGAGGAAGAGGAGCCAAGUAGGGCCCAACAAAGUAGCACAAACAACAUUUCUAAAUUGGAGGUCUGUCUUGCAUUGGUCAUUCAAAUUGGAGUUUCUUGUUCUGUUGAACUGCCACAUGAGAGAAUGAAUGCUAGAGAUGUUCUUAUGGAACUACAGAAGAUUAGAAAUAUAUUUCUUGGGUUUAGGGAACAAAACUAAAGGCACACAUGUAGCUUAUUUUGAUGUUCUUGUUCUCUGCUACCAAUUGGUUCAUAUCUUGUGCUGUAAAUUUUUUUUUUUAUAUGGUGCCCAAACUCUGAUCAGUUUUAGAGUUUUUUGGGAUUUCAAAUCUGGUUCAGAUCUAGGAUUUUUGAUGCGAUGUUUGAACUAAUC